CUCGUGUUUUCUUUUGACAGAUCAUGUGAUCAACAUAUGAUAUUUUCUCAACCGAAUUUUAUGAAGGAAAAGGAACUAGAAAAAACAUGGAAAAGCGAGCGUUACUUCAGGAAGAAAAUUAUAAUACAGAGUACGGAGCUACAGCACCAAGUGCACCUCCUUAUGUGGAAGGAAAUUCAUCUGAAUUCAAUGUGCAUGUAAAUGAAACUGGCGAAUUUCCAGUGCAACAGAAUGUUUUUUCAGAAAGAAUUAUACCAACAGUUAGUUGCAGAGUUUGCAAAUGCAGCAUUGAUAUUUCUGGCAAAGCUGAUCAAUUUGUUGUACAAUGUGAAAACUGUCAUGAAGCAACUCCAAUAAAGCUUGCUCCACCAGGAAAAAAAUAUGUUCGUUGCCCUUGUAAUUGUCUUUUGAUAUGCAAAUCUACGUCCCAGAAGAUUUCUUGUCCAAGGCCAAAUUGCAAACGUAUCAUAAGCAUGGCUCCUUCAGCUUUUCCAACUAAUAAUGAUAAUCCAGGAUUGGGUCAAGUGUCAUGUCCUCACUGUCAAAGUGUCUUUAUGAUAAAUACUACCGAGUUCAAAAAGGUGAUGAGGUGUGUAUAUUGUAGGAGACGUGUCACAUUUUCUUCUCAUUAUAUAAAACACAGAAGAAACUUAUGCAUGAUUCUUACAUUAUUGUUCUUGAUAAGUGGAAUAUUUACUUUAGUUUAUACAGUUCAUAAGGUGUUGCAUAAACCAGCUAUCAUUGCAGCAUAUAUUGUUUUAUUUGGAUUUUUCCUUCUCUGUUCAGUGAGAACAGUCUAUUAUUACUCUGUAAAACCCCUUCGUUUGGAAACCUUCACAGAAUCUACAUAGCAUCUUUAAUGAUCGAUAACCAUUUUUACUCUUCAAAAUAUUUAGUGAAAUUAUACUCUGUAAAAACAAAUAUUGAAUUUAACUGAAUUAAUUUCACUCUAUAAAUAAUCCUUCAACAAAAAAUAUAUAUGUAUAAAUUAUUUUUAUAAUUGUUUUAUAAGAUUUAAGAUUGUAUUAAUUUGUAAUAGUUAUAAAUAAGAAUUUUCUUAAAUAAAUAUUCCAAGUAUUUGUUAAAGUGUAAUAAAAGGAUGAGUCAGAUAUCUAGUUUCCUUCCAAGUAUUUUUGCAGUGUCAUCAUUAGUAUAAUUGAUUACAUUAUUGCAGAAAAUUGAUGUAGAUUUGAUUCUUAACAGUAAAAAAUAAAAGAAAAUUGUAAUUACCAAGUUUUAAUAAAAUGACAAAAUAUGCCAUAAAGAUAUGCAUUUUAAUAGGCUUUUUUUCAAGAAAAAUUAAAGAUAUUUUAAUGAUAAAUAUUAAACAAAUAUAGUAAAUGUGAUCAACAUUAUAUGUAAUUAUCAAAUAUUUGAUAUUUGUGUAUUCAUUUUAACUUUUCUUUUUAUUGAAGUAUUUCAUAUGAAUUAUAAGCUUUUGUAACUAAUUAUUAGAAGUUUGUAGAUUUCUAUUAAAUUGAAUAUUUACUGAAAUUAAAUUUAAUAUUUAAUUAAAACCUAUUUAAUAAUUUAAAUCAGAAUUUUGUUACUUUAUAUCAAAGUCAAAUUUUUGCUUUUGAAUCUUCAGACUUCAGUUUUCUGUAAGAUAAUUAUUGAUAUUUACAGAAUAUUUUAAUUGUAUGAAAACUUGAAAACAACUCCAAAUAUUGUCUUUCCAGAGGAUAAUUUUAGUCACACAAUAAUUAUCUUCUGUUAUAUAAUAAGUUGAAUGUACCUUUUUAUACACAAGACUUCAGAACUUAUAUUCUUCUAGUUGUCCCAUUGCUUUGUUCUUUGUAUAGUAAUUAGUUAUUAAAUCAAUUUUAUUUUGCUUGGAUUGAUACAUACAUUCAUAUGAAACUGAUUUUUUGAUUAAUGGUCAAAAACGAUUUAUAAUUUUAAAGCAUGUUUCAAUAACACACCUAUUUAUUAUUCAAAUACUUUCUACUGAUGUUCAAUUGUGAGUUUUCUACUUAUACUGUUAAUACAUGUUGUAUUUUAGGUAUUUGAGCAGAGUGAAUGUAUACUUAAGUGUUUGACUUCAUUUGUAUUGCUAUAUUAUCUAACUUUAUAACAUUGAAAAACAUUUUUAAUGUCAGUAUGGUUUGGUGUAAUUAUUAUUAUUAGUGAUUUUUAAGCUAUAAAGAAACAGCAAUCAAAUUAACUUGUAUUUAUUUAGCAAUGAAUUUUGAGUGAUUAAAGCUAAAUAGGAAAUAUAAUUUCAUAUUUUGUUAUAAAAUUUAUAUUGUAACAGAAUACUUGCUCCUCCUCCUAAUUUUUCUUCUUUUUUCCAAUAAAUAGUUGUUAAUUUGUAUUUGAUAUAAAAUAAAAUUUAAAAGGGAAAUUAUUGAAAUCAUUUAUUACUAUAAUAUUUUAAUCUAAAAAAAAACUUUUAUAGAAAUUAUUAUAAAUGAGUGCUUAAUGUGUAUACAAAUGUCCCUUUUUAUGAUGUUGCUAUAAGAGUAAAGUUUUAAUUUUUGCAGUUAAAAAAUGAAUUGGAUUUAUUGAUGUAUAGAAAGCUGAUCAAAUAUUAAAAAAAAAUUUCUAAGCUGCAGUAUAACUUGCAUGUUUAAUAUAUUAAAGAAAAAAUUUUAUUAAUAAAAAUAAACU